CUAUGCGCUAAUGACAUUUGAUUUUAAUAUAUUAGGGGCCUCCUGCAGCAUUUAGGAAGAUAUGUAUUAGCAUAUUCAUCUACAAAUCUGUGUAACGUGUUGCGAUCGCGACCCUAUACGAAGACCGCUCCGCGUCCUCAACCCCCGCCCCAAUAUCAUUGACCGGUGAGUCAAGCCGGCGAGCGACGAUGGAAUGAGAAGAGGAUUUACGGCCCGAGGAGCAGAUGCGACAGUAACCGAUGCCGGUCUCAUCUACAGAAAUGUCGGAGUUGAGCCGCAGGCGGAGAUUCCUUUUUCGGGGCAUAUCCACCCCACGACGGAACCUCGUAAUCAUCAACCCCCCCAAUCCCCAAUGCGAGAUGUGGAGUAUCCGAUAUUCUACCGACGCGGUUCUGGGGUCCCCGACCUGGUUUCUGCUCUACACGAUGGCCAAGAAAGAAAGUGGCGAACCUACCGCGGGCGGUCUGUUUGCUUAUGGGUCCCAGUCCGCUGGAGACCGGGUCGUUGACCGAAGCUUCCCCGUUGGCAUGUACAUAAGAGACAAGGACAACGUGGUCUUAUUGAAUUUCUAGGUUGGGAUUCUAUGCUUCUCGUUCUUUAGUUUUCGUCUGUUUGAGAAAUCGCAAGAUCGUGGUACCUCGUAGCUUUCGAAGACAAAGAAAACGAGCAAGUCAUCUUGCCGUCAUGGCGACGCAUGUGCAAAAUGGAAGUUCUUCGACCUCAGUCCUGGAGGUAGAGCUAGAGCCAGUCUAUUUAUCAACUCCGUUGUCGAAACAAGAUGGUGUCGACGUACCAGUCCGGGGAUCGAGUCGUCAGACGAGUAGCAAUUACGGCGAUACUACUCCAAGGCAGGAUACGAGUUCGCUUCCACCUCCGAGCACGACUACGGACGUUGUGCAAAGAUGGAACUACCCGCGCAAGAACAUCCCACGGGUUGCUUCGUGCUUUUGGUCGUUCGUCGUCAUGGGCGCUAAUGACGCCGCUUACGGUCCUCUCAUUCCAUAUAUUCAAGCACACUAUGAUCUUACGUAUCUGAUUGUAUCGCUUAUUUUCCUGUCACCUUUCGUGGGAUAUACGGUAGCAGCCUUCCUGAACAAUAUCAUCCACCUUAAGGCAGGUCAAAGGGGUGUUGCCUUCAUCUCCUCGGGUUGCCAUCUCUUGGCCUACAUAAUCAUUGCUGUCCAUCCGCCUUACCCAGUCUUAGUGAUCACGUUUAUUAUCGCGGGCUUCGGAAACGGCAUCGCGGACGCUGCUUGGAAUGCGUGGAUCGGUAACAUGGCUCGCGCGAAUGAGAUGCUCGGCUUUCUGCAUGGCCUCUAUGGGGUCGGUGCUGUUCUUAGCCCGCUAAUUGCCACGACUAUGAUCACCAAGGGUAACUUGCCGUGGUACGCUUUCUACUAUCUUAUGAUCGGAAUGGCUGGGCUUGAGGUAGUUGUUUCAGUCAGCUGCUUCUGGAAAGCAACAGGGCGCGAGUACAGGGAAUCCCUAACGAAGCAUUCCGAAUCGUCCCAGGGUAGUCUUAAGGAAGCCCUUUUUAAGAAGCCUGCGGCUCGUGUCACUUGGCUUUGCUCCCUGUUCUUACUUGGUUACGUCGGUCUUGAGGUCUCUCUGGGAGGCUGGAUCGUCGAGUUUAUGAUUCAAGUACGAAACGGCGAGCCCUUCGCUAGCGGUAUGACGGCCACCGGAUUCUGGCUCGGCUUGACGAUCGGACGUGUGGUCUUAGGGUUCAUAACACCGAGAUUAGGAGAGAAGCGCGCAAUCAUGAUAUACCUUCCUAUAACGAUGGGUCUCGAACUCCUUUUCUGGCUUGUGCCCCAGUUCUACGUUUCUGCCGUAGCUGUAGGACUUCAGGGCUUUUUCAUCGGGCCUCUGUUCCCUGCUGCGAUCGUCGCCGUGUCCAAGCUACUCCCUCGACAUCUACACGUCGGUGCUAUCGGAUUUGCUGCGGCGUUCGGUGGCAGUGGCGCAGCUAUCCUACCGUUUGCAGUCGGAGCGAUUGCACAGGCAAGGGGCGUAGAGGUGCUGCAGCCUAUUAUUCUCGCCUUUCUUGCUGCCAUCUUCCUUUUAUGGAUCGGGCUGCCGGCGAUGAAUAAGAAGAAAGAGUGAAUAUCCAAUGGUUAAGGACCUUAGUAGUUAGGUAGACGGUUAGUUAAGAAUGAUUAGACGCUAUGGGUUCGAAUAGGCUACCAAUAUAUGAGUAUAUUUAGUUUCCGAAUUGGUUGAAAUCUAUUUAGACAAGUCUCUUUCUCCAACCUACAACUCUUUGAAUAAGAACUGUGUACAUACCUACAUAUGAGGUAGGCAAGAUCCG